AUGGACUUUCCAGACAGCCCGAUACAACGAAAAACGCCGAAGAUUUGCAUUAGCGGGCGUCGCGUCGAUACGCGUGCGUCACCGGUUUGAAGUGCAGCCGGUCGAGAUGUAUCUUCGCAGCAACCGCUCGAGUCAACGGUCGCUCGAGCCGAAGCAACAAUAAACGGUAUCGAGGGCAGUACUUUGCGUAUACUCGCGGUAAAAUCUUCGCAAAUAAUCGGGCUUCUCGGGGUUCCGCGUUUAAAAAUUCCCGAGAACGUUCCAGCCCGCGAAACGCGUCUACCGUCUCAGCCGCGCGUGACCCGUGGACGACACCGGCAAGUAGAGGGACGGGGAAGAAGACGAAAGCUCGACGGGAGAGGAGCAACCAAGAGAGAAAGGAGAGAGAAUAGCGACGUGGUGAUGGAGCUGGGAGAGGGAGAGGGUAGGCGUCUUGGAAAGCAGCGGGUUGCCAGCGAAAGUAACAAAUAAAAAAGAAAAAAAGAGAGAAGAGGGGUUAGUCGUGGAAGUGCGCGUGUCCGUGGGCGACGCGUGGCUCGCUACGUCGGUUUUCUGCUCGCAGCCAACCGCGUGGAGGGUGGUCCUAUCGCCCAUCCCCCGUCCGCGGGGGUAACGCGGGGCUGACGGCGCCGUAGUCGCGACGCGAACGCGAUCAAGUGCACGUUCACCCCGUCAGCCGUGUCGCGGAGGUUGGGCGCCGUGGCGGCGACCGCGCUGGAGAAAAUGAACGAUAGCCAGGUGCGUCCACCUCUGAGUAAGUAUUGUUCGCGGAAGAAGGGAUCCUCGGGGACGGUGGGCGUCGUGGCGCGCUACGUCCCCGAUUCACGAGGCUCCGCCGUCUCCAGCGGGUGGAGGACGACACGAUCGAUCGCCGGCAGCGGUGCACGAGAGAUGCUCUCGUGGAAAAACACCCGACUUUCCGCGAACGUCGUUAUCCAGUCGACGAGGAUAGCUCUCAGGGAAUCCAUCCUUCGCGUCCCGACGUGUCAUCUCCGUUGCCGCUGUCGAUGGCGUGCGGUGAACGCCCAUGGGCGUUCUGAGAGAGGAACGUGAACCGCGAGAACACCGCACCGGGGUGUCGAUAGCUGGAGGAGGGUUCGGGGACUCGAAACCGGCGAAUGUUUGAUCGAAGUUGGACGGAAGGACUUUUGUGUCCGUAGCGAUUGAUUUCCACAGCGUGGCGUGAUCGUUCUCGGGGGUAUGUGUGCCUUUAUACGGGAACUUGAAUGAAGAAUAAUGCUCGGUGCUAGUGACAGACGUUCAUUGACUAGCUGGAGGCAGUGCUUCUGCGGUUGAUAAGAACGCCUCGCAUCGGUCAAAGAGCUCGAACGCCGCGAUUUAGGUCGGACAGGUGAUGAGUUGACUGCGGAUUUUACGAAUUUAUGGCGUACACGAAUACGAUAACGCGGGCUGAACGGCUCUUGAAAGUGUGUGACCUACUCCCAAGAAACAGGGGUUAAUGGUUAAUAAUUUUUCAAGAAAAACGAAGACGAAAUUUCAGACACUCUCUUUCCGUUACUUUUUUUAAAUAAAAGUUUCCCGAACGCUAAUUAUCUCCGUAUAAAUCAAUUUCACUGAAAAAUUAAGGAAGGUUUUAUUGGAUAAAACACUUACAAUUAGAAUAAUAGUGAAAUCCGAAAAAUCGAUUUUUCACCCAUAAGUCUCCAAGAGCAGUUCAUACGCACUUCCUCGAAAUGAAAUACUAAUAUCACUUUACUUUUAAAGCAUCUACAGGUGUACACCCUUCGUGUCCUCCUCACAAAAUAAUUAAUUAUACCUCCACGUUGAUAAACGGUAGAAUGUAUCCCGUAAAAUGUUACAUACUAUCUCGACGUAAAGUCCGCAGUCGACGCGCGUUGUCUGAAAUUCUUCGUCUGGAUAAGAAUCCAUUUCCCUCGGAAAGUAACAAGUGCGUAAGGGUGAAGCGGGGUACGCUGGUCGUGGAGACCCAACCUCCGUUACCUACUUCCCAAACACUUCGCGGUGGCCUCAUCGCACGCCGCUGUCCUCGCUGCUUUUUCUUUUUUAGCUUCGUUUUUAUUUUGCCGCUUCACGCACGCUCUCUCGCCUCGUCUCGCUCGCUCCCAUUCGACGUUCGCUCGCAGCUGCGCAAAGGUCCUUGCGAGGAGCAGGAGAAGCACACCCUUCUGCAGCUGCAGUUGGCAAUGCGACCGCUGUGGAUCGUCACCGCUCCCAUGGACUCGCGAUCACCCGCGAAACGACUACCGAAUCGGACAUCCGUGACUGGUAUCCUCCUGCGGACGUGUUGACUCUUUCAAUGGGAACCAGCUUUACGCGAUUCGCGCCGCUAUCGCACUAUCAGCCGUGUUUCUCUUUCAAAGACGAAUGAUGAUACACGUGUCAUCGGAGAACGCUCAACGAUACGAUCGUGUAAAGCGUAAGGGCGUAGCGUUUCUCUCGAGCUUUUUUAAGUCGAAAAAGUUGACGCUAGGAAUGAAGAUCAACGAGGAGGAGGAGAUGGAACGGGCUCCGAAAGUCGAGACACCCGCGAUCAUCACGAACACUUGCAGGCGCAGCGGUAGCGAAAAUGACAAUCAGGUAUCGAGAAUUCCGUCGACCUUGAGCGUGGCAGCCGUCGAUGUCGUCGUCGCCUGUCAGCCGUCGCCGUCGCAUUCCGUUUUAACCUUGACACCUGGUAGAACACGAAACAUCGAUCAGGAUAUGGAGGCACUUAGACUGAGUCGACAGGAUAAUCCUUUCCUGCAGGUGCUGGCCAGUCGAGAGAGCCUCGUGGAGUCCAUAGAAGAGUUCGAGUCGGACGACGCCAUUCUCAUGUCUCAGGAGUUUGGCGACGCUGAUCCUUUGACGUUGGCACAAGUGCACGAGCACCUCGUACGCAGCCCGCCGCCAGCCUCGUGGCCCCACACCACAACCUUUCAUUUUCCUCAUCAGAAUCAGAAUUCGAACGGCAAGAGCGAGACGUCCACGCACUGCAAAAGCCCGUCGAAGUCGUCGUCGUUUAGGGGCAACGAUCGCGAGCUUUCUAGAAGCGAACCAUCCACGGAUAUCAGAGAUCGCCACUCGCACACGUUCUCGUUGUUGCAUCCUACGCCGAUUCGUUCGCUGUCGGACGUACGACGGCUUCACAGAUCGGCGGAUGACAGCGCGCAGCUGAUGUCGAGCGAGUAACACGUUCGAGCGUUCCGGUCCACGGCUGGACCGAGAUGGUUUUUCACGUUCAGAGCGAAGGGACGGGUGCUUUUUCGGUGCAAUGUUCCCCCGAGAAGUAAAGAGGAUAAUCGAACGCUCCUCGGCAAGUACGCGCGAUCGAAGUUCGUCGAGCCGAUGUCACGAGUCUCGAGACCGAGAGGUUUCUCUGCUGGAGCAUUUCUAUCCGUUGACCGCGUCGAGCUCGCGCAAUAGUGCCCGAUUAAAUGAGAAAAUUUCACCUCGGAUACGUGAAACGAAAUCGUCGCGUUUCGAUCCAUUUUAAUCAGAAGAAUCUCAGGAAUUUAUUCUCGCGACGGUAUAACGAGAGAUGUAAAAGUUUUUGAUUUGUAUUAAAGCGCGCACAACGUGGCUGGAUCGUGGCCAAGAAUGCGAACGGUCCAUUCCUGGAAUGAAUUCGCGACCGAUCCUGAUUAAUCGACGAUCUAUGGGUCCCAUUUUUCACAUUUAUUCCGGCACUGCUGCUUACAGCGCGACUUUGAUAUCGUCGUCAACCACGCAGAGGGAAUUUUCCGGAUUUUGUGUUUCGAUGGUGACUCUUGCGAUAUCUUUUCGUAUUACUCGAGAACGGAACGGCAGGGACGUGCAAGUCGCCGGAUUUUAGGGCUUUUUAGUAAAUCACGAAAUCAAAACACCGAGGUGAGGAUUGAGAUCGUGAGAAAAGAAUAUUUUUAAAUAAUCCCGACACUUUGGGCCCACGCGAGCAUUUCGGACAACAGAUAAUGUGCCGUGGCCGUAGGAACCUCGCGCACGAUAUACGGUCGAGUGGGUUAGUCGUACCCACCUGCACGCUAUAGUUAAAGAAGCGACGCCUGUGUUAAUCGACGUUUCGCGUGAAAGUCUAACGCGUUUGGAGGGCGCUGCUUAAAGCACAAAGAUUACCGAUAAUUAUCGUUUUACACGACUAAAGAUAUAACUAAAGAUUCACUGGAACCACCCAGUGAAGGGCAAAAUCGUAAUCGCAAAUACGAAUACGAUUGCAAUCGAAUGUUUUCAAGUUGCGAUUACGAAUACGAUUACGACCGUAUUUUUAACCGACUUCGAAAAGGAGGAGAUUACUCGAUUCGAAAUGUAUUUUUUUUUUUUUUUUUUUUUUUUAAAGGUUUACAGCCAUUGAAAUCUCUUUACCUCAAAGCCGACUUCAGAUUCGUGUUUCUCACCCCAAAAAAACUUAGAAAACCAUACGUUCGUCGAAAUGAAAAAUGAAAAAUUUUCAAUUAAAACUCGUGCCCACAGAGCAGAGCCUAGAUAGGGUAACUUUUUAAAAAAAAUUUUUAUUUUGACGAAGGCAUGCUUUUCUAAGUUUUUUUUAAUGCGUGUAACACGAAUCUGACGUCGGUUUUGAGGUAAAAAAUGUCUAUUGCUGAAAACCUCUAAGAAUACGGUCGUAUUCGUAAUCGCAACUCGAAAACAUUCGAUUACAAUCGUAUUCGUAUUUGCGAUCACGAUUUUGCUCGUCGCUGGAACCACCGAAUUGUAUUUGCGUUUCUUUCGUUUCCGCGCUGUGCAGGAGUUAGUAUUACUUCUUCGAACUCGUUUGCAAGUCCAUGAGCGAGAGCGUAACGCGCGUAAUUUUGUUCGCGAAUCGAGGUUUGCUGUGUUUGUCGAAAACCAACAGGUUUGCACGUUUAACAACCGAGAGCCUAACGAUAAUUAUCGACCGAUUACUCAACCGCGCAGGCAGACAGGCCUACGUUCGAUCGAACACGAUUAUCUUUAUUGGCAAUCGGAUCGAGAAGUUACAAUAUUCCUGAAUCCCCCGUUGAGUAAUAAAGGGGAGUAUUAUGCGCGCGUGUUUCCAGUCAAUUCGUGCAUACAAAUACGCACGUGGUUGUUUCUAACGAGGUUGGCUCACGGAAGUUACUACAGACGGGAAUAAAGUGGUGCUGUACCUCUUGCAAUAAUUACACUACUAGUCACGGAUCUGUUUGAUUUAUAAUGGAACUUCGAGCAUUGUCUGUACGUUUCAACGCAACUUUUGUAGCGAUACGUCGCGUACCGUUUAAUUAGCGGUACGUUAACGCGAAAGAAGAGUGAUGCUCUAUUGACUUUUAUUUAUAAAAAGAUAAAGCGUAAAUCUUAUCUGGAAAUGUUUUGCGAUAGUUCAAAUUUGUAUUCAAUUUAUUACCAAGGCACCUGUUUGUAUCAUUGUUAUGCGUUCUAUUACGAUUACGUUAAUUUUAUAGAAAAUGUUACCGAGCUUAUCGUCGUUAUUGUUAUCGUUGUUUCAUUCUUCUCGCACAAAUUAUUCAUCGAAUGUAACGCGCAUGGAAAUUUUGUUCGCAACCGCUCAUUUUUACCGUGUUUCUCGCGAUUAGCGAACGUUCACUGUCGUCAAAAAAUAUGGAAGCGAGCGCCAUUCGUAUCGAAACGAAUACUAUUCGGAGCGCUGACGAUGCGCCAAAUGUAUAGGCCUGAAUAUAAUAAGAAGUGAAAAAUAAUCGUAGGUUAAGGGAACUUUUUUUAUAUAGACAAUGAGAGAGAAACAAAACGUAUUCGUCGAUACUUCGAAGAGAAUUAAUCUGCAUUGUACGAAGAUGGUUUACUUUCAGGACGCGAAAGUAUUUUUUUUAAAACGUUACGGCACAAUUUCACGCGAGCACGGAUUACGUCGAGCCGUGGGUUCGGUUCUUUUUUAACGCACACAAUCUGUACAUGCUCUGUUACAAAGUUAACGAUAGUUUACCUCUCCGCGGACAACUUUACCUACAACCUAUAUCUGUGGCCGUCUACCGAAGUGAAUUUGCAAUCGAAUAACGAGAAUGUGAAAACGAUAAACGUUUUAUUCCGAAAACAAUUUUUGUUUGGAACUGAAAUCACAGGCAGCCAGAUGGAAAUAUUCUCCUCUCGGAGGAAAAGCCUUGGAAGUUAUAAAGAGCGGCGACACUAGCGCCGGGUUCGUGGUAAAUUUCUUCUCUAGGUAUAGAUUUCGAGUAACGAAUAAAAGACAGUGAUGGGCAGAACCCUAGGCUUCGAAUAAAUCCGAAGUUUGCCGAUACGUUUGUCUCGUUUCCUCUUUUGAACAUUUUCCAAAGAAGGAAACGAGACAAACGUAUCGGCAAACUUCGGAUUUAUUCGAAGCCUAGGGUUUUGCUCAUCUCUGAUAAAAGAUAAACAACUUUCGAUCGGUGAAGGGCUUUUCGUUCGAGAGGUUCACAGUAUCAACGACGAGGUGAUGUAAUUUUAGCAGGGUUUAUACGAAACUUUCCAAAUAAUAGCACGUAAGUGAAAAUGAUUUAGAGAAUUAUUAUUACUACAGAGUCCAAUUGACUUGGCCACUGAGAAUUGAGAUUAUUUGUAUCUUAAGAGAUACCAUUAGAUACGGUAUACAUGGGCAUACAAAAGUUGUACAACGCCGUGGCACCACAUGUAAACAUAAACGGUACGUUGUUUUUUCCGUUGGUGGUGUUGCAUCGCUGUACGUUUGUGUAACUAUGUUUACAGUGCCAUCAGCAUUUAGACGUUCGGGAUGACUUUAAGAUCACGAUCGAAAGCCAGACGAACAAAAAAUAUAUGAAAAACGCAAAAAAAUCAGUAGAGAGACUUAUAUAAUCUAGUCGAAUAUAACGUAUAUACCGAGGACUGUGUUGUCGCUCUUAAGAAAAUAUUAAACGAAUACUUGUUCGGGUAAAUCAUUCGAGUGUUGAAUAAUCGACGACGUGGUUUAUAAUUGGAAUAUUAUAAUUAAGCGAUGUGACGUUACUUUUAUCGAAAAGCGAUGUUGAAUCUUGCAAUAAACUCACGAUUUUACGGAUCUUGAUUUAACGGACCUCGAAUUGAACGUACCAAAAGUUGUCAACUUUUGUGUUUUAAACAGUGAUACGAGUUUCGAAUAUUUAUCUAAUUUUCUGAUAGCCGUCGAGAGUUACACUUAUUAGUCAGUCCAUUAAAUCAAGAGUUUGUUGUUUCUGUACAAAGUUUUAUUCGUAUGAUUUUAAUUUCUCGUGUUGGCGAAGAAAGAAAUAUUGAUUUCCAAUCUUGAAUAUUGUAUUUCGUUUCCUGGAGUAACGAACGAAGAGUAUGUUUAAGUCACCCGAUAGCAAAUUUGGAAUUCGAAGAAAGAAAAAUAUACGUUACACGUUGAUACAGGGUAGUUUUAUUUUAGCAUAAUUGUAAAUUAUGUAUUUGAAUUUUUCGUCGCUGUUGUAGCCAUGUGUUAAUCAACUUACCAAAUUUUAUGCUGCGCAAGUUAACGAAUAAUUCGUCGAAUAAGUCCUUAUUCGUUUGGAUUUUAAAUCGCGCCAGCGAAAUAUUGUCGAAAUAAAAGUUUGAUUCUUUAUAUAAA